AUGUCUGAACGAGAUUUGGUCAAUUGGAGUAAUUACAUGAUAUUUUCUCUGAGGCGGGCUGAAAGCGGUACACUAUUAGAUGAAGGAGGGUUCACCAUUGUCAAAUCCAACGCGUUGGAACAUAUCGACGGAUACGAGGUCUCAGAUGGGGCGAAGACUCUAACUUCGAGUGCAUCUUCCGUCCCGAAUGGAAAAGCAGUUGUCGUUCGAGGUACCACGUACGACAGCAGUGCUGGUCAUUGGGUCGUACCUUGUGAUUUAUUUCGGAUUCUGGAUUGGAGCUUGGGUGAAAGUGGACAGUAUGAUGCUGUUGCUGGCGAUGUCUUCCUCCAAAAUAUCUAUACGGUCUCAUGCAUUGGUAGCUUCGAUUUUGGUGAUUACACAGAUUCGUCGAAGCUCACAAUGGGGGGUCCAUACGUGAAGCUUUUGCCAACCACCAACAUCUCCCGAGUUUCAAAAUCAGCAAGGUAG